UUUAAAGGCUUAUUUGCAAGAUGCAGGAACCUAAAACAUUAAAAGCUAAAAAUUUAUUUUGCAUGAAACGGGAAUUAAAACGUGGUGAUAGAGCCAGGUGCAGAUGCAAGUCAGAUGUUAAUUUGGCUGUAGGCUAUGGCACUUGGCCACAGCUGGAGCUAGUUGACACAACUUGGUCAGGAGCAAUAGGAUUGACGGAGUGUGUUUAAAUGAACCUGACAAAUGUCACAGAUGAAAUAUUAACUGUUUAUUUCCUGGUUUGAUGUCUACUACACAUCUGUUUGACCGUUACCAGUUAAUCUGUGACACCAGUUAAUCUGGAACACUGGCAGAUGAGUUUGCACUCUUCCGUAAGAGUAAUAUUCCAGCGUGAAAAGUAAAGACAGCAGACAGUGUGAGGAGAGGUUCUGGUUCGGUUGUUGUGGGUAAUCACUCAAGGUCAGGUAAGGUUCGUUCAUUUAAAUUCGAUUCUAAGCUUGACAAAAGUCUGAUAAAACCAAUGCCUGCAAUUACUGUCAUGAAAGGUCCCUGGAAGGCAGAAUUUCCAAGGUUGCAGGCCAAAACCACAAGAAUUACAUCUUAUAUUAAACCGGCUGCAGCCUCUGCACCUGUUACAUGAGUUACAUGUGCAAAAUGCCUGAUGAUGUUUUGUUAAUUCCUGCUGUUUGGGAUGCUAUAGUCCUUUUAUUAGGGAUGUUUUUGUUUUCUUGGUGGGAAGUGGGGAUAAAGUCCCAGUUUAAAUUCUGAGUGAUUCAGGAGACUAUGACUCCUAUAUAGUGAACCUGUAUAGUGUGCUGCCCUUCUCAAAGGAGUCUGACACAGGUGACUGCCUCCUCAGUAGUGGGAGGGGUUUUACCACCCUCCCUGUUCCUUUGCAUAAGCUCAUCAAACCAUUAAGCUAGCACCAUUACAACUUAUUCUUCUGAUAUUGGAACCUUUUGAACAUCUUGUUCUAUACUGUGUGGGUCCUUUGCUGCCCUCAACAUCUGGAAAUAAGUAUCUUCUUGCAGUGAUGUGUCAAAGUACCAAAAUUCCUGCUGGAUAUCCACUGAGAACUAGUAUGGAGGGGAUCAGUGACCGUCUGUUCAGGCAUAAGAACUUCAACUUUGUGACCAGUCUUACAACUCCAGAGUACCUAGACUCCCUUGAAAGCUUUGAAAUAAAAGACAGCGAUGUCUUCCUUGUGACUUAUCCAAAGUCAGGUACUGUAUGGGUUCAGCAGAUCAUGAUUUCCAUCCACGAAAUGCAUAGCUAUCAGACUAAAUAUUCAACCAACAUUGAGAGGAUGCCGUGGCUGGAGUACAAGACAGCUGAAUACGCUCUUCUUCCCUCUCCACGGCUCUUCGCCUCGCAUCUCCCUGUACACAUCAUGCCUCCAGGAGUGAAGGAGAAGAAGCCAAAAAUCGUGUAUUUGAUGAGGAAUCCAAAGGACAACAUGGUGUCUUUUUAUCACUUCAGCAGUGCUCUAGCAGACCUGGAGACUCCCGAGAGUUUUGACCAGUUUUUUGAGUGGUACAUAACAGGAAACGUUUAUGGGUCAUCCUGGUUUGACCAUGUCAGGGAGUGGUAUUUAAACAGAGACCAGUACAACAUCCUCUUCCUGACCUACGAGGAAAUGAUUUUGGACCUGAAAGGAUCAGUGAAGAAGAUCUGCAACUUCUUAGGGAAAAACUUGACUGAAGCCACCAUCAGUCAAGUUGUGGAAAAAGCUAAGUUUGAGAACAUGAAGAAGGACUCGAAAGCAAACUAUGAGCACAUUCCACCAGAGAAGUUCAGUGGGAAAUUCUUGCGCAAAGGUCAGAUUGGAGACUGGAAGAACACACUGACUGUUGCACAGAGUGAAAGAGUGGAUCAAGUCCUUCAGGAGAAACUUGGUGAUUUGCCUUUAAAGUUCAUCUGGGAAUAAGCAGAGCAGCUCUUCAGGGUCUCCCAGGAGUUUUAAAAGCAUUGAUUUCAUUCAUUGGAAAGCCUUAAAAUGUGUUUUUCUGCUAUUUUAAUUUUCAAAAAAACAACAAAUGAUUAAUGUUUGUUUACCCAAGAUUGAUUCAUGUUACGUAGAUCAUGAUUCCAGGAAUCAACAGUAAAAUGUAAAUCAGUCAACAUAUCUGACAUGUCUGAAACCAGUACACGGCACUUUGGAUUCUCAUAAUUUCUGAAUAGUCAUUAACUAUUGAUUUUUUUUAAUCACAUCACUUUUGACAGUAUGCCCUGACCUUCAAAUAGAAGAAAAUUCUUGAAAUAAAUGUACUUUUGCCAUGAAGAAAGUCUGACCUUAACCUACAAGUGAUUUCUCUUCCCAUGAGUCAGCAGCCAAGACAGAAGUAUCUUAUUCAUUUGUGUUGAAGAAUUAAAAGGAAAGGAUCCUACUUUGGUAACAAACAAAACAUUACAAAAAGAAAUGGUGCAAUUGCAGUGUUAUUUUGGUUAAAGUGUGGUUCAGCAUGACAUUCUUCCUUUAUUUAAUCCUAUACAGAAUCAAACCUCAGACCUGUAAAUGGCAUCCACUGAAUAUCAUUUAAUUAAUAAGUGAAAUACAGCUUGUUAACACAUGUUAGUGUAAGCUAAUAGUCUAUUAAAAAUAACAAUCUUA